AUGGGCAAAUCUGAAGAUAAACCAGAAAGUUAUAUUGGAUAUAAUAACAUAGAGGAAACUACUAGGGAUCAUAGAAAACACCUUAUUAAUACUAAUGAUGAUAAGACAAACCAUAAAAAGGGAAUUAAGCGAAUGCACCAUAGUCAUAAGAGUCACACACUUCAUCCUACAAAAAAGUCUAAGAUUUCUAGAAGUAUUCAUAAGAGAAUAUUAAAUAAAUCAGUGAAUAAGCGUUCACAUAUCCUUCGUAUAUUUAGUCUUUCUAUUUUUAUAAGUUUACUAAUUUAUGGGACAUUUUUCUCAUUUAAUAUUUACAUUUAUCUUUAUGGUUCAAUACCAUGGAAAGAAUUGGAAGAAUGGAUAAUAUCAUUUACUCAUGUUGAAAGUGUUUUAACUAACCUUGUUAAUUCAAAUAAUCAAUGGGAUAAAAUAAAUGGAGUAAAUGUCAAUUCUCCAUUUAUUAAUGCAACUUUCCAAAAAGCUGGUUUUACUUUAUAUGAACUACCAGUAUUUCAAUAUAUACAGGAAGAUCCUUAUUGUAUCCACUCAGUAAACUAUGAUGUGACUAUUCCUCCAGGUGGAUGGAUAAUAUAUUCAAGUUGUAACCCAUCAUCUACACUUCCUAAUGGCUUUCAUUCAAUUAGAGCUCUUGGGUAUUUAGCAUAUUCUAAUUCGAUAAAUGCUUCAUUACCAUCACAAAUUCGGGCAUGGUAUCAUUCCUACUACAAGCAUAUACAAGUUCCUAUAAGUAUAACUGAGUUAUGA